CGGCGUCGCGACGCGAGCCAUCCGCGUCCUUCGGUUCCGUUGACAGCGCGCGCUGACAGUUGAAACCCGGUACAGGUGUGCUCCGCUCGACCGGGAGGACCGGGGGAAAUCCUCACCUGUUACGUUAACGAGCGAAGACGGACCACGUCGGACGGCCGUCGAAGCCGCGGAGAGGUCCACGAAGGGACAUCGCGACGUCGUCGAAGGCGCCACGACGGCGUAACAGAGUCCCGCAAAACAAUCAAGACGAAUCAUUCUUGUAAACGCGGACCAUCGGGUUAGAGGUGCCCUCGAGAUGCGGUGAUGGCUUUGUUGUAUAGGUUCGCGCAGCUGCACGAUCGCAGUGGCACGCGGGUCUUCUCCUUCGUCGUCACUAGGACCGUCGUGCGCGAUCCUGACAGGGACGUCACGAGCAAGGAACUAGUAUGCGGUUUCCAGAGAUGGGCCGUCGCUUUCUCGCGCGGGGAAAAGGUCCUGGGCGUGUACCUGGUAUGGCGUGGCGCAUCAAGAAACCUCCGCGUGUACGUGGACUUCACGUUCACGCUGCUGAAUCGGGAGCACUUUUCUAUGAACGAGAGUUUCUCCGGCAAACGCGUCAAGUUCACUUACGAGGCUCCGGCCCAGGGCAACCGCAGCUACAUCGCCGUGGCUGAUCUCUACAGCCGUAAUUUCGCCGAUACAAAUGGCGAGUUUCAGCUGGAGCUGUCCAUGGCGAAUGUGCGGACGGUAUACAUGACCGAGGUCAGAAUGCCGACGUCGGUGUUCUCGGCCGGCCAGACGAAGCCGAGCAAGCUGGAGACCGACUACUUCGCAUUCGGCGGUUUCGACUGGAAUCUGGUCAUCUAUCCGCACGGCAAGGAUACGGACGGCUCCCGCGGCCAGGACAGCCGCGUGAGCGUCUAUCUCAUGAGACUGUCGGGCUUCGAUCAUCGAUGCAGGGUGAGGUAUAGCCUGGCCCUGGGCGAGGGCGAUCGACGAAUCGACUCGGGACAGAUCGAGGAUAUCUCGGACGCGGAGGGUUGCGGCUUCGGCUGGCACACGCGAGUCAGAUGGUCCGACAUUGCUCACAAGGGCAUGCUUCGCGUGUCGCUUGAGAUGCUCGAGGCGAGAACCAUCUGCGAGAUCGCGGUGCAGGCCUUGGGCUCGUCGGUCCUGCCGGCUGCGCCCUGCUACGAUCGCGACAAGCAAGCCUGGGCCAUACGCGCCGAUCUCAACUCGGACACCGUCAGACUGCACUUGGUGUACAAAGACAUCCACAACGUGCCAAGGAAUCACUUAAGGUACGUUAGUUGGUCGGCAUACUUGCUGAGGGGCGAGGGACCAAACGUCGUGGCGAUUGGACUGCCCGGCGAACCGUUCAGCCGCUACUAUGUUCAAGAGUCCGCUGAUGAAGGUAUCAUCAUGGAGACUAACGUGGAUAUGACCGAGGUGAAGGAGAAUCACUGUCCGUUCCUCACAGACAAGGGACAGCUGAGAAUCCGGAUAGAAUGGAACGAGAGUCACCUGCUCUUUCAGGCGACCUAUCACAAGUACGACGAUGUGUGUCGCGUGCACAAUCAGCAGAUGCGACGCGAAAUCAUGUCGUUGCAGGCGGAAAAUUAUAGCCUCGAGCGGCAACUCUUCAGCUAUCAAAAGAGUCUGGCGUACGCCCAGGCGCAACAACAGCAACAGCAGCCGCACCCGAAUCAGCAACAUCAUUCGGUGGUGGGUCAUCCGGGCCAUCUAGAGCGAUCAGCGUCCAGCGACACCGAAUACGCUUGACAAGUGGAACUCGAGUUACCAGUGUCACC